AUGGUGAGCCGGAGGUGGCAGUGUUGCUGCGCCCUGACCACGAUGAGGAGCGUCGUCGCUGUGCUGGCCGUGGCGCUCGUGGCCGCGGCCCUCGCCUCGCCGCCCCCGCUGCACCUCCAUCACCGAAAGCCCAAACUGCAGGUCAGACACGUGGGGCCGCGCAACUUCUUCCUGCACCACCCCCAGUACGUCCCUGCCGCCUCCAGACACGUGUUCAACCGUCACCACUUUCCCGGCUUCAAAGGAUCCUCCUCGUGCUCCGAUUGCUCGAAACAAGGCAGCUGGAAGCCGAUCAUCCCCUCGGUGAAGGUGCAAAAGUCGAUCGAGUACGAACCGCUGGUGUCGCACGUGGAGAGCCACCCUGGAAACUACCACGUGCAGGUCGAGAGCUUCCCUGCCGAGUCGCACUCGCCGCCGACAAACUUCGGCCACUCGCCGCCGUGGGGUGGCGACGGAGGAUUCGGCGGCGGCGGCGGCGGAUCCUCGUACGAGUCCAACGAGUCCGGAUCUUCAGGUUCGUCCGAGUCCAACGAAAGCAACGAAGUCGGCGCAGAUUUCUUCAAAGGCGGUGGUGCUCGUCCGCCUCCGGUCCAGCGUCACAAGCAACCAACAAAGGGCUCGAAGGAGUACGCGGUGCACGAGCAGGUGGACGAGCCGCCCGCGCCCCGCAGGACGCCCAAGGGCGGCAUCCAACUGCCGCCCAUGGUCGUUCCGCCGAGCACCACGCCGGCGCCACCGUCCUUCGCCGGCAGCCCCAACUUCUUCAGGCGGAGGCGCCAGCCCAACGUCCGAAUCAUCCCCUCCAGAAAAAACGUGCGCAUCGUCCAUCUCAAGAAGGCGUGACCGGUGCGUUUUCAAUUUCUUCAAUUAAAAUUUAAAUUAAAGCCAAGCCACAUGUCCAUCGAACCGAGAGAGAACACUUUUGCACCUCGUCACAUUUGAUUGAUAUUCAUUUGCAUCUCAUUUCAAGGGAAAUAAUUGGCAAAUUUCAAGCAAGUGAAAUUAGGAGAUUUAAUUCACCGAAUAAUCUCUAUUUGCUCUAAAUAUGGAAAAAUUAUCAAAAUUUUCUUUCUUAUUUAUAUAGUUUGUGCAAGUAAGAAAGUUAUUUGUGCCUUUUCUCUCGGAAGUAAAUUAUUGUUCGUGCUCAUAAAAUGUACUUUUACUUUUUGUUCCAAACCAUGUAAUUUAUGACGAUUUAUAAUAAAUCUUGUAAUAGAAAAAAACUGAACUGUCUCAAU